AGCCGAGUGCUCCCCCUCUCUUCUUCACCCCAAUAAGGCAACGAAAACGGGCCUGUCGCCUCGAUCAAUACGGCCCGAGCUGUCGUUCAUGACCAUGUAAGCUUCCAAUCCCUGGAAACGAGAGGGGUGGUCAGGCAGAACAAAGUCGCCGGGGAAGUUACCCUGCCCUACUUACCUUGCUCACCUCACCUUACCCUGGUAACCUCGACCAAGAGCCGAUCUGGCGAGAUUGGAAGAGUGUACCUAGGUAGGUAUAUAUAGGUGGCAAUGUCUCACACGUCUCGCGUCGAGACGAGGUGGCUCACCGUCAAAGCGACGAACCGUGUCAAUUCAUCCUACGUCGCUGUCACCGUUGUUGUUGACUUUUGUUGCACAUCGCGCCGCUUCGUACUACGCUCUCCCCUCGCCGCUCCCUUCUCUCUCGUGCAGCUUGCCCUACCCAUUGGCUAUCGUCUCGGCACACGCUGGGAAAGGAUAGCCCGCCAUGAUCCACGCCUCGCGUCUCUUCUGGGGCGCUGCUGUCGCCGCUGGCUUCUUAGCUACGUCAGUUGCGGCCGGGCAGUGGCCGCAGGGUGUGAGCUUGGACUCGUUCGUUUUCAAAGAACGGGCCAUUGCACUUCAGGGCGUGCUCGACAAUAUCGGGCCCAAUGGCACCAAGGUCCCAGGUGCCGCCGCCGGUAUUGUCAUAGCCAGCCCGUCAAAGGUCAAUCCCAACUACUUUUUCACGUGGACCCGAGACGCCGCCCUGACGCUCAAGACUCUGGUGGACGAGUUUGUUCUCGGCAACGCCGCUCUGCGCCCUUAUAUCGACGACUACGUGCGGUCUCAGGCCGUGCUGCAGACCGUCACCAAUCCGUCGGGCUCGCUUCUGCCGUCGGGAACGGGGCUCGGCGAGCCCAAGUUCAACGCCGACGGCUCCCGCUUCAACGGAAACUGGGGCCGUCCCCAGCGCGACGGGCCUGCCUUGAGAGCUAUUGCCCUCAUCCAGUAUGCCAACUGGCUCGUCGAGCAUGGUGAGAGAAAAAAGGCAAAGACCACCGUCUGGCCCGUUAUUUCAAAUGAUUUAUCCUACGUGGGACAGUACUGGAACGCCACAGGCUUCGAUCUCUGGGAGGAAGUGUCGGGGUCGAGUCUCUUCACGACGCAGAACCAGUACCGCUCGCUCGUCGAAGGCGCUGUCCUGGCAAAGAGACUCGGAGUGCCGUGCAACGGCUGCGGCCAGUCGCCAAACGUAGUCUGCUUUCUGCAGACGUACUGGAACGGCAAGUUCUUCACUGGAAAUAUCAACACCAACACGGUCCGGGGCGGAGUCGACGCCAAUACCGUCCUCGGGCCCAUCUCAAUCUUUGACGUGGAUGCGCCUUGCGACAGUCCCACACUGCAGCCAUGCCACAGCCGGGUCCUUGCCAACUUCAAAGUGUUUGUCGAUACCUUCCGCAACUCCACCCUGUACCCCAUCAACGGAGGCAUCCGGUCGACACGCGGCAUCGCUCUCGGCCGCUACCCCGAGGACGUCUACUUUGACGGCAAUCCGUGGUAUCUAAUCACUCUGGGCGCCGCCGAGUUCCUCCACGGUGCCGCAGCGCAGUGGACGCGCCAGGGAGUCAUCAGAGUCGAUGCCGACUCGCUCGCCUUCUUCCGCGACCUACACCCCUCUGCAAGGGCCGGCGACACCUACCGACGGGGCAAGAAGACGGACCUAUUCUCCUCUAUCGUAGCCGCCACCACUGCCUACGCCGACAGCUUCGUCGCCGUAGCGCAGGCCUACACCCCUGCCGACGGCGCCUUGGCCGAGCAGUUUCUCAAGACGCCCCCGGGCACGCCGCUAUCAGCCGCCGCACUGACAUGGUCCUACGCCUCGUUCGUGAGCAUGGCCGCGCGGCGCGCCGGCCGCAACCCCCGCGGCUGGACGUCCGCAGCAGCGCAGAAAACACCGCGCCCGUCCUCGUGCGCCGCGUCGUCGGUCGCAGGCAGCUACGCGCCCGCCACGGGCGCCGGCGCGCCCAACACCACGGCGCCGUGCCUCGCGUCGGUGCUCUUCGUGGUCAACGCCACGACGUACUACGGCGAGAACAUCUACCUGGUCGGCAACUCAUCGGACCUCGGCGCCUGGGACCUGGACAACGCACAGCCGAUGGUGUCGUCCAACUACACGGCGCAGCGGCCCGAGUGGUUCGCGCAGAUGUCCCUUGCCGCCGGCCAGACCGUCAGCUACGCGUACGUGCGCCAGCAGGACUGCGGUCGCCCGCCCAUCUGGGAGACGGCUAACCGCACGCUGACGGCGCCCGCGUGUGCGGGCACCGGCGCGCCGCUGCCGACCCUCGAGACGGAUGACGCAUGGACGGGCCCCGUUGGCCAGCCGGGCGGGUGCUGA